UCUUGGCUUUCAUUCGCUGAAAAGUUUGCUUGUUCCAUGUACCUUGCUCCCCAAACUUUGAGUUUAAUAGCUUUAAUUCCCAACAUUCUCGGGUGUUAGUGAUUGUGUUCGAUUCUCUACCGUACACAGUUUGACGUUUUCAUUUAAUUGUUAUCAAUCAAGCUGUGUGCGACUUGAAAAAUCUAGUUCGUGUGACUUGUUCUACAUACGUUGUUAUUCGUGUUCGAGCCCACUUCUGCAAUGGCGAAAGUUUCUCUGAAAUCUGACGAGGAUUCCGCCGUUGAAUGCUCAAAAUCGACAAGCGAAUCCGAUCAAUCCCCACGUGAAGAUCUUUAUCGGGAAAACAAUCUGAAUUUACUAAAUUUCACUGGAAGUGAAUCGGAUUUUUCAGAGGAUGAUGGGCUGUCCUUCCCAGCCAGCUCUCCGCGCAACAUGGUGCAAUCGUCCUCAAAUCGAUCGGCAAGAAGCAAAAGUCUUAGAAUCGCCGCCAGGAAAGGCAGAAAACGGUCUAUUGAAGACGAUGAAAGUAUUCUUGAGGAGGAGCUGUCCAGAGCUUCCCACAAGCAUCAGUCGAAGAAUGCUAUCAAUGCCCGCAUCAACCGUAUCAAGAAGAAAAAGUACAUGCAAUCUUUGGAAGAAAGUCUAGACGCUUACAAGAAUGAGUGCAAAAGAUGGCAAGCUGAAUAUCGUCAAAAGUCAAGUGAAGUGCAAGUGCUACAGAAAGAAGUUGAAUAUCUGAAAGCUGUCCUGAGGAACGAAUCCAAACUGGGUGCCAUUGUCAAAAAUCUCAAGUCCUGUGGUACGCCAGUGCAACCCCCAAUGGAUGUUGAUUUCACCAACGAACAUCUUUUUCCAUUAGAAUUAAAAGGUACUAAUUUUAACCAACAAAAUGUUAACUCCCUUAGCUAUAUCCCCCGAGUUCAGAAGACCAGAGCCGAGACUUACUCUGACUUAAGGAUUGACUCUAAUACAAUGGACGAAAUUCUAAACGAUCAAUUUAAUCCCUCUAAUUCCAGUUCAGGUUUCUCUGAUGAUGAAAGUAUGACCUUCAAAACUGUUUUUCCAUCAGCUAGUGAUCUUUUCAAUUUUGAUUUACCAGAAAGCUUCGAAGAAUCAAGUCUAUUCAGUCUACCCACCAUCGAAGUUGAAGACUCUGCCACAGUGGAUCCUGACUCCUCGUCAAGGCUUGAUGAUAUUGGAAUAUGCCUGCAUGUUUCAACCGUAUCAGGAAUCUCAAUGGAAUUUUGUUCCCAUUGUGCGAAGUACACAUGUCCUGAACUAUUGGACGCAAGUUUGCGGAGCAGUGCUGGUGAAACACUGUCAGGAAUCAUGUCUCCACUUUUUCCUGAAGAAAUCCUAUUAUUGCGAUUCUAUUCUGCAAUUCUUUAAUUUUUAAUGGUUAGUAUUAUUGGAUUUCUUUAAUCGGCUUUUCAUACGUAUCCGUAAAUCCUCUCCCUCCUUGCUUUUUUCCAUGCGAGUCAUCCAGAUUAAAUAUUUCAGAAAAGAGUCUUGAAAAAGAUUUUUCUAUUAAUCUAGUUACUUAAAGCUCAGUUUUUGGCUCCUACUCCAGUUAAAAAUUAUCCCUGGGGUAUUUUAGCAUUACAUCAACACCAAGUUAAAUUUUGUGCUCAGUAUUUCAAAAUUAUAUUUUUUGCCAAAGCACAGGAAUGUCUUAACUUGAUUUUCAUUGAAAUUGUGAUGAUCAUCCAAUGUGAGCAGAACGCAUUGAAUCAAUCGAGAAGCUGAAAGAACGAGAAAACGUAGAACAAAUAAUUUCAAAUCGUUCAGUCCAAAUUAUUUUUUACCUUCGCAACUCCUUACUUCCAUAUCCUAGUGAUGGCCAGAGUUACCUCAAGUUACCUCAUUCCUCUCAAAAUAUCCAAAAGCCUCCAAGAGUUCGCUCAAGUUCCGUCCAUUCAUCAGACCGCGUAAACAUGUCAGGUCCUUCUGAUGGAUAAAGAAUUUAUUUUGUAAACCUGCAAAAUGAGGUCAUUCACAGUCCCUGAGCACCAGCCCCUUUUCAAAACAAUAGUUUUUUUCUUUGGAAUGUCAUACUUACUCUGAUAAUAAUACAAUAUGAGGAAAUCUGUGACGGAAAAAUUUCGCCUUGACAUCUCCCAGUAAAAGCGCCAAUUUAGAAUAUUAGCCAUCACAGCAGUACUAAAAUUGAUAAUAUCCUUCGAAAUACUCAAACCGGGAAUGAACACUGAAGAACCCGAUUCUCUAUAUUCCAAGAAAUCUGGUUCUAAUUAUGAAGAAUUUUGUCAAUUUAAUUUUCAUGGGAUUGAAAUGUUAAAACAGCUUUAUGGAAUAUCGUACAAUGACUCCCUUUCAAUAAAUGUAGUAUGCUAUUUGUAUCAGAGAGUUGUAGUUCAAAAGAAACAUGAACAAAACAAAACAAAACAAACAAAAACAAAUGAAGCUAGGUCCAUUAUUCUCGUACUGUGUCAAAUUAUUACUAUACUGUUCUGCUUCUUCUUUUUUAGCUUCAACCCCAAUGAAAAUUUUGGCAUAAUGGCUUGGCAACAAUUAAAUUAUUAUAUAACUGGUGGGUAUUUUCUUUACUUAUAUUUUAGUUAAGUUUAGUUUUAAUGAUAAGUCAUAAUUUACGUGUUGACUUUUGCAGGAAAUCAACUAUCAGUGUAUCACUCUCAAUCUGAAAAAGUGCGUCUGUUAUUCCUAAUUUUCUUUGCCCACCCUGCUGUGAUUAGUAUUUGGCCAAUUGCCUCUUUAAUUUGAGGUCAUUCUUAAAGUAUCUUCAAUUGAAAAUGUUGGAGAUGCUCUCGUUUUAAAGCUUCAUCCUAGGAGAAUUUUAAUUUUCGCUACAAAGAAAAACUCAGAGAAAAGCUUGAAACUUUAUAGUUCUCCUUGAUCAUUUCGAGUAUUUCUGGAGUGUGUGCUAACGAAAGUAAUGGAUGCUUUAUCCUCUCUCUUUGUGGGAAGUUUAGUCCGAUGCCUUCAAAGUUCAGUGAUCGAAAUAAAAAAAAAUGGAUUGAUAUCACCGACAACACACUCCUAAUAUUACUGUUGAGUAUUUUUUAUCUUGGUACUUUUAUAGUGGUACUUGAUUUCCUGCAAUUGAAUUUUACACCAAUUAUAGAUGGAAAGAUAAGAAAACUAUCCAGACAAAGUCUUGCAAGUAUUCUUAUCUCUUCAUCAUCAAUAUUCUUUACCGAGGUCUUAUUUCUAAGAGCAACAUUAUAAAUCCUUUGAUUUUGUACCUUCUAACCAUGUCUCAUCUCAAAGUAUGUCCUCUUUCUCUCAUUCACUGUGUUAGCCUCCUGAAACCCUGUAUGACUCGUGGUUGUGCAUUGCUUUUUACUAAAGAUGGUAACUGACAAUUGAGUCGGAUUUUAUGACUAUAAUCAAUGACUGGUGAAGAACAUGGUGACAUGCAAUAAACCAGGAUUGAAAAUUUUAUAUCUUCGUUUUAUGCAAUGGUAUUUCAGUAAAUUGUUUUGAAGCUUUUAAUAAAGUCAUUCUGAGACCGCUAGUUUAAUUCACCCGUUAUCUUGCCCUCAGUCUUUCCCUUCCUAUCGCUUUACGUUUAUGGCACAAGGUAAGCAUUUAUAACUUCAACAUUCUUAAGUUUUUUUAAGAGAAAGAUGUAUCUGCUGAGAGUUUUUCUUUAUUCUCAAUAAGAUAAAAAAUGCAGUGAACUCAGACAUUUUGGAGAACGACAGUGAAAUUCUCGACUCUGUAUAUCUUUCAAGACAUAUACCCUAUUCACGAGAAAAAGAUUAAAAAUUUGACCAUACUUAGACAAGUGAGUGUGCUUGCCAUAGCUAAAGGGGGUUCCUAUGGUAGAUUCUCUGCAUUGGUGAAAUACAUGAUGUAUAUUGUGAUUAAAAAUCUCAAAUUUUAGCCGUCAGAUGAAUUUUUAUGGAGAAAUUGAAAUUUCAAUCUCAAGAUCAAUUACUGAGGCAUGAUCAUAUCAAAAAUUAUCUUUUAAAAUCAUGAAAUAAAGUCAAAAGUACUCUUUUUAAAGUAACUAAGGCUGUUGAAAUUGUUCAAAGUUGAAACAGUACUUUUGAACUUAUUUCCUAGUUUUAAAAGUUGAUUUUUAGUCAUGCGGCGAAGCUAUAUAGACUUUAGUUUAUAAUAACAUUCUGAACUACUUAAAUUUUGGUUUUUCAAAAAUAAUAAGAUGGCCCAAAUCUACCAUUUAUCAAAGUGGUGGCGAAUUGCAGAACGAACAACUGAGGGAAAAUUUAGGCAUUCAAGGGUAUUUAGCAUUACCUGUUCUUUGUGAUCUAAUUUUCGUUGUGGGUAAGAGAGAACAAUUUCGGGCCAAUUUACUAUGUUUAUGCACGAUUCGUCUCUCUUGUUCUUGUUUCUCAGCUGUCUUUUGAUUUCUUGCAUUUUCGAGCCAGAAGACUUUCCUGGGAAAACAUAUUCCCCGGUUUUCCGGAUAUUUUUAGAGCUCAGCCUUUACUUUUAUUUUACGAAAUAAACUUUUGCAGCCGUCAGAACUGAGGCUACUGAAAGGUUUAGAAAGAGAUGUUUACCACUCUGCAGGACUUAGUUGAUUUACUUCGGUUUUAAAUUCACCGAUUUCCUAAAAACAUUUGGGAAAUCAAUCCUCCUAAAUUUUCAAGAGUCCUGUAAUUUUGAAUACAGCAGUGCUCUGAUCUGAAACGUGAUAAUACCUAAUUUGAUGGACAUUUUAAACUCCUCCCUUCUACAAAAUACUGAUCAUUGUUGUCAAUGCAUCGCUAAAAGUUCUUUGCCACACAAGCUAUGUCGGCGCACAAGUUAGAUAUUGCCUCUUAGAUUCGAAUUCCCCUUGUAACUUUUGGUUUUUUCUCAUAGGUACAUGGUAAAAGAUUCUACAUUUCAGUCAAGGAAAUCAAAUGGCAUGCGCAAUUUAUUUUUCUGGAUUUGGUCUCCACAAAAAUUCCCCUUGAGCGUGUAAAAGAUAAAACCAUACACAGCUAUCAGUAUGUUGAGAUUGACCAGGAUGUGGAAUCUUCAUAAUUUCUGGCAGAUGCAGCGAACAUGUUUAGUUUAUGAAGGCCAUUCAUCCAGAUUUAUUGUAGCAGAUAGGCCCCUAUUCAAUUAGCCCUAUUAUCAUAUCUGACCUCAAAAUACCUGGAGAUAAACAGACACAAUGUAAGUAAAUAAGCUUAUAACAGUGCUAAAUGGAAGUAGUAGAGUAAGUACUGUCAUUUUAAAAAACUGAUCGUGAGCAACUUUUUUAAGAGUCUAUGAUGAAUAGCUGUUGAUCUGUGGUUCUUUAACAAAAAAAGUUACCUAAAAUUCCCUGAAAUACGAGCGGUGCAGAGAGACGUUGUGGAAGAAAUGUAAACAUGAUGGUUGCACCUCUUUUGAGAACCAACAGAAUAAUUGCUCGUCCCAUCAACUGUUGUUGCUAAAUGCCAAUUGAUUUUCAAUGAAAGAAGAACCUUGAAUCUAUUGAGGUGAUAGGUUGAUGUAUGUAAAUAAUCAGGUUACUAGGCAACUGGUGAAAGAAAAAAAUUUCCUCAUAAAUUGCCAUCGAAAUGCUAUUUUUACAAAUUAGAAGGACCGGAAGGAGAAAAUAAGCUGAUGGAUUUUAGACAAGGUAUGAAUUAAAGUACAACGAGAUAUGUUUCUCUUCAAAAGAACCCUGCACAGAACAGGGGGCUCAGUGGCUCCCAGUAGAUUUUGAUGAAAAUUUAAUAGAUGGACUUAAAGUUCAUCAUUAGCACGAAGCCCAAAAAUUAGCUCAUUCUAACAAGAAGAAGUCGAGAUAUUCGCGAUUAAACCUGGACUAUUUUUUAUCAUAUCUUACUAUGGCGGAAGACUUACUCCUCUGGUUGAUGGGCGUUUUCGAUCGGACCUCAGUUAGAUACUUAUACAUUCAGCUAAUGCAAAGGCUGUAUGCCCUCCUUCUCCAUGCAUCUGCCGAUUCUGUUCUAACAACUCUCUUGAGUCAUUUCAGAGGAGAGGUGCAAGAGAUAGAGGACUCCGUAUCACACUGCCUAAGCAGCCACUUGAAGGAGAGGGGGUGUUUCCCGAUAGAAGUCUGAGGUGUUCAAGCGCAAGAAAAGGCAAUGAGGAGCGCCCAUUUGUCUCCACUGCAUAGAAAAUGGCUUGUGUUUAAUCGCGAACAUCUCGGCCUCUACUCGUUCGAACGUGCUAGUUUUUUUUUGCUUUGUGCUGAUGAUGAACGUAAUUUUAAUCUAUUUAAAUUUCAUCAAAAUCUACCAGGAGCCCUCUGUUCUGUGCGGGGUUCUUUCACAAGGAAACGAAUCUCACAACUGUAAGUACGGAAAGCAACUCCAAAACAAGAAUUGAAUUUUUACCAUGAACCUUCCAUUUGAUCUGUGUGAAAUAUAUACUCGUUAAUAGCUUGCUCAGGAGUUGAUUCCCACAUUCCUUGUUGUGUGAAUUAUUUUCUGCGCAAGAUUGUGGAGAGAAAACAUGCAACGGGUUUUUCUAGUACAGACCUUGACUAGUGGCCUAUCUCUAAGCAGAUAUGAGGAUGCAGUUAAAAAUUAAAGUCAAUAGUGUCCUGUGCAAGAGUUAAGCCCUCCAUAUUACAAAAAAACCGUCCUAAGACCUUCUAAAACUUAGCCCUCUUUAAACGAUCAUUUGCCUGAAAUUUUCUCUUAAGUUCCCAUAUGGACCACUGCAAAUAGUCCCCCCCCCUCAGUAAAUACAUUAUAAUGAAUAUCAAGAAGCAGACAUGAGCGGUAACAAGGAACAUUAUACACUAUCAACAACGCUGAUUAAUAGAAAGCAAACACAAUUAUUCUAAGGAUCGCUCAUUAACAAUUAGAGGAGGUCCCGGGUGUGCCGUGUGGCAAUUCUACGGGUGACCCCAAAUAGUAUGAAAUCAAAGACCACGAAACAUGUUUUUCAAUUGAAAUUCCAUCCAGACCAUGUCAGACACCUUAAACAUUUCCAAAAUGAUCUCAAAAGCAAGCAUUUCUAUGUACAUCCAUUCCGAGUUUGCAUGCUCCCUAAAAACCAAAGUGUACUUGAAGUCUGAUUGAUUACUGGACUAACUUCAGCAGGCUUUACGAUAGAGUUGGCUUUGUCUGCUAAACUUUUCUUGAGAGGGAGAAGAUAGUAUUCUCUGGCCGAUUCGACCUGCACUGAUGUUUAUUUUCGCGAGCAGGGAGUUUGAAUUUUUUUAUAUUCGUGCAAACGACUAAUAUUAAUUUUUCCCUAUAAAGUGAAAUUUAAAAGUUUUUGAUUUGUUCGAAGUGUUCUGCUUGAAUUUCUGUCAACUCAACAUGUCUUGAGAAAAUUUAAUUUUUACUCUGUUCAGUGAACCAUUACCUCCGCCAUGGUCCCCCAUAUUAGCCUCAUCCCUGUGUUACUAUUCGAAUACAUUAAAAAGAUAUUCACGGUGGAUAUUUUUUUGCACACCCUGUAUGAAUGCUGAAGAAUCUAUCAUAAUUUUCACCUUACACUCGAUAGAAUAAAAAAAAGUAACUUUCAUGUUAUAAAACUGGGCUUUUAUCAACUAAAGAUGAAGGGUUAGGAAGUAUAGGCCUAUGUUAGUUGUUUUUCAUUAAUUUCUGAUGCUAAGAUUUAACACCAAGCAUCUCUCAUUUAGACUUUCUUGAAAAAGCCAUCGAUUUCUUGGAUCAGAUUUUAUGAUCAUGCUUUCUAGUAGAUUUGCAGAUUUUACCCAGUAAAAAAAGAAGCCCUGUGGCACUAAAAAUAUAAGGAAGUCCGAGAGAUAAAGAAGGAGUAAGUUUUUUUUUAGCCGGCCACAAAAAUAUAGCAAGAUUGAAUCUCUUCAAUUCUUUACUCCAACUCAUUGAAGAAGGAAAGAUGGAAUAAUGAUUUAAUAAAUAAAUAAAUGAUGAAAAAAAUUAAUUACAUAAUUGAAUGAAGAAUAAACAAACAAAGAGGAUAUUUUGCAUUAGAUUAAAUGUCAGUUUUUAGACAUAGGUGGAGAUUUAUAAUUUUAUACGUAUAUUUUGAGUGAAUCUGUGGUCAAUGCCAGAUUUUGGAAAAAAUUAACCGUUCGUUGAAAAAAUAUGAUGAGCUGUGCCAAGUUCAUUUUCUCAUCCUUGUUUUUUUGAUGCUAAGAUUUCUGCAAGAUUUCCAGACAUUAGCAUCCUAACGUUACCUCUAAGCACUCCAACUACUGUGUGGGGUGCCGGAAAACAGUUUAAAAACGCAAUUCCUGUCUCAGCCUUCAGCCUCGCUCCUUGAAGAAUUCCGUGCUUAAUGUUAAAAAUAUCCAUGGCUAUAUUAACACUCAUUCAGUUUGCGACUCAAGGUGACUGGUAAGGAAGAGCUGUGCUCAUCCCUCUGAUGCAGUUUUCUCACCUCGAGUGUCUUUCGAAGGUAGGUAUUGUUGAAACUGAAUGAUUAGAAAUAAGGGGCUCGAAUGACAAGGCGCACAAGUACAAUUUUUCAUUAAAAUGAGAUAUCAAUGAUAUCAGCUAAAACUAGUUGAAAAAUUAGUCCUGUAACAAAUUCAUCACUAAAAUCCAAUUUUUAAGCAUCUACAAGUGAGAUUGAACAUCCCCUCUGGCGCCUAAAGCCCCUUGUAAUUCUGAAAGCAAACAUGCAUUUCUUGAAAUGCACAUAUGCACCCAAUCCUUCAGGUCCCUCAGAUACUAGACAAGAAAGGCUCCUCUGUGGUUUCGGAGACAUGGUAGGAUCUGAGGAAGGGAAAGAGACUCUGCCAUUGCCCAAUUCCUUAGCCUUCUUUACCAUACGCCAGAGUUUAGCUCAAGUGUGCCAGGCCUUUUAAAGUAAGAUUGGAACCCAGAUCAUUUAUCUCUAUUUGCGUGCAUUAUUCUUAACCUCAUCUCCUGUUAAUUUUUGUUUCUGCUCUUAUUGUGUGAGUUGAACGCAAACUAUUCAAUAUGCAGACUAAUUUUAUUCAAAUCGCUUCAUCACAUUGCAACAAGUAGGUAUUGAAAAUAGUGACUGUGGAGAGAAGUCUCUAACACAGUGUAAGACUGUUGAAACUGCAAAAAGGGUACCCUCCGACUACGUUAAGGGCAUCAAUCACUAUACCUCUAUCAAGUAAUCAAUGUUUAUAUGUUCUCAGUACUAUUAAGGCGGAUGAAGACCUCUCAGAAGGACUCCUGAGGCCUAUUCUGUUGAGAUCAGAAUAUGACAGAGCACCCAAAAAGCAGGUAUCAUUGGAGUUCGAACCUGUAUGUUCCAGGCAAUUAGUCAAGUCAGGCAUUUUGACAAACGCUUCGGCAAUAUUAUCAAAUAAUCUUACUUGGAUUCUAGUUCGUUUGCUAUUUAAAGACAAAAUAAUUUUUAAGGAGUAAUUCACGGUACACAUAUGCAACUUAAAAUUGCGUUUGUAAUGAUCUCUAGCCCUGGGACCAUCAUUUAUCUGAAGAUUUACUGCCCGUCAUAAAAUACAGAAUUGUUCAAAUGCUGACAGUUGAAACACAUCUGAGACAUUAAAGCAGAAUGUACACAAAAAGUUCGUAAAUUUGAUGAAUUCUUACUUUGAAAACGUUCGAAAUAUAGAGGCCUUUGUGAAAAAAACAUGCUAAACUUUGUAAAUUUUCAAAAUUUGACUAUAUGCCAGGCACGUAAUAAAAUGCCUCAUUUGACUAUUUGCUUGCAACAUAUAUUUGACUUUUUUAAAAAGAUACUAACUUACGUUCCUUAUUCAUGGUCAUUGUACUGUUGUCCUUUGUUCAUCUCUUCUAGUAAUGAACUAAAAUUGUAAUUUUGUACUAUAAUUACCAUAAAAGUUUGUCUCAUCUAAUGUCGAUGCCAAGUACCUACUUUUUUAGGGUAAAAUGUACUGCUUAGUGCGAUUCAAAGCACUUCCAAGUGAAAAUCAGAAGGCCUCCAACUUGGAGUGUAAUCCAGUUCAUUAAAUUUCUUUCCUUUUAUUCUGUUUUUUCCCUUAAUAUGUAGGUACUUGCUUCUUCAGCUGCUGGUGCUUUUUGGUUACUAUUUUUAUAUUUAAAAACCUAGGCGGUAAGUGGUUGGUAGAGUCCACGCCAAAUAAGUUUCUGCACUUUUAGACUGCGAUAGAAGAUCCACCAGCUUUACUCCUGCAUCCAGCAUUUACUUUCCAUGCUAAACUAAUGUAAGACGAUCCUCUGUCGCAGUCUGGAAGUACAUAAACUUCUUUGGCGUGGGCUCUAAAGUCAAGUGGACAGCUCGAAUCUCUGUUAAAUUAUUGGACCACGAGUAUUGGCUCUUACAGUGAAUAACCUGAGAUCAUUGUGUGGCAGGGAAUAAAUUCACAAUUGCCUCCGUCAUUUCAACUCUUCAGCUAUCUCCUUUACUUAGAUCACCUACCUAAGUAAUGGACGGUCAUCCGCAUGGUCAAUGAUGGUCCACGCUACAUUUUUUGUGGCGCUUCUUUCAUCCGACUGUUUUGAAUGACCCGUCUUCAACCUUUGAUGUCAAACACAUUUGAUUUAAUUCAUCUUGACCGUUACCAAUUCGUUUCAAAAGAAAUGAUUCAAGCAAAAAAUUAAAUAAUGAUGCGCACAGUACCCUGGUAUACCAAGGCAUCAGAUCUACUUUUUCAUUUUGGUUUUGAAUCUUUCGGGGUGUACCCUAGCAACUCUGUUACUCAAGUCUUAACUCGCCCUCAUAUUUCAUUGUUUUCACUAUUAAAUUUAAUACUAAUUGUAAGUAUAAUCAUAAUUUUUUCUUUGUUAUUAAUGCAUAUGGUGUAUUGAUUUAAGUUGAGAGUAUGGUCUAGCACCUUUUGCUUUGAUAAUUCUGUUGUAAGUGCAUUUAUAUUAAUCCAAAUAUUUUGAAUAAAUAAAUAGCAUUUAUUUUUUGAUGUCAGGCACUUUCAAAACAGGAGUUUCUCGGGUAGGUCUUUUGGAGUUAAGCAGAAAGGAACCAAGCCACAUCAGCUAUUGCCUUUAAUUGGCAAUUAAUCCUUUACAUGAAAAUGGUUGUGCGGAUUUUUCUGCAAAUUUCAAUGAAUUUUCUGCAUAGUACAACGCAAAUUCCUUAAGAUCAUUGAAGAAAUCCGCACAAACAUUCUCUUAUAAAAGAUUAAAUCGCUCAGUUAUAUUUGGCAUUAGUUGAUGUGGCUUGGUUCCUCUCUGCUAAGCGCAGUACAUUUAAUACACAGAAAUUGAAAACCCUGAAAAACAUUAUUAACUUAUUACCUUAAAAAAACAUUAUUAAUUUGUAGUUAGAACCAUAUGGGAUACAAUAAUCGCUUCAUUAUUAAUUGAAUUAGUAUUUUUAUAAAGGGUGGAAGUCCAUUUUUUUUAUAUUUUUGAACUCUACAGUUGUCCUCACCAUAAUAUCUGAGAAAGCAGCCGCAGUCCACUACUUGGAACACAAGUGACAGGCGCACAGGAAUGCAAAAGUCGCGUAAGAAGAGCGUCAAAAAUGUAAAAAAAAAGGAGUUCGAAAGAUCGGACUUCUGCCCUUUUUUAAAGUACUUAUUCAGUUGUGACAUUGCUCUAGACUCUGUCCAACAAGGUACCAUACUAUUGGCGCCCUAUUUUAAAUUCCGAGGUUGCCCCCUGUCGCUCACUACCUGGGACGUAGGCGGCAGGGGGCAAGGCCCCCUUCAAAAAUAUUUUUACUUUUAUGGAGAGAGGCCUUGUCCAAAAAGCAUGUCAAGCUUUUUUUGGUCUAUUGAGCGUUUCCCUUUCCAGCUCCAUAUUCGACGAUUAAAGUAUUUUAAAGAUUUUUGGACAUGCUCUCUUUUUAAAAUUAUGGGUUUAAGUAUGAAAAUGAUUAGGUUUUCUUGUAAUGGAACAUCCUGUAUGUGGAAAUAGAGAAAUAUUUUGAGUUAAUCUAUGGCAGUGAAGCCUUGAAAAUUUUGUACGUACUAUAGAAUUUACAAAUGAACAUUCAGUGCUUUUUUUUUUUUUAAACUUGUUGCUUGUUAUUAUUUUUGUUACUUUCAUUUAUGUGUAGGAAUGUUUAAAUUAUCGAUCACAGUUGGGUUUGUAAUUUUCAUAUGUACUUAGUUUUUCUCUUUAAUCAUAAUAUUUUUCUUGCAAUUAUUAUCAUUUGUACCUAAAACGAGAUGAAUGUAUCUGAAUGCAUAAUGCCUUAAGCGUUGCGCCUAGUUGUAUUUUUAUGAAAGAAGAAAUUUCAUUAAUUCUCAAGAUACAAAUUUUUAUUUUUCUCUGUCAGCAAGUAAAUGCCCACAGAAUUUCAUUUGCAACAAAUUGUUGUAGCACUAUUUUGAAUGCUCCUGGAGUGAGGCACAAUUUAACGAAAAAUUUUCAAUUCCUCACUGUGUAUUUUGUACUGUAAGAAUGUUUCUUUUGUAGUUAAGUUUAAAAGUUCUCAAAAGCACUUUGUGCAAUGCACAUAAGGUGGAAACAUGUAUUUUGCCUAUCUUGUAAAUUUUUAUUGUAUCGCUAUAUCCAAAUAAAAUAAUGUUCCGCAAAAAUUCACUUAA